AUGUUAAAUAAACUAAAGAAAGUGAUUAUUUUUGAUGCAUUUCCAAAAGUUGAAGCAGGAUAUCAGAAUUCUAGUUCACAAGGAGGUCUAGUGACAAUUAUCGUUUCAAUAUUAUUAUGGAUAUUAAUAAUAAGUGAAUUUAUAGAAUAUCUUAGUGUGAAUCAUAAAUAUGAAUUCUUGGUAGAUAAUAGUAUUGAUCAUAAGAUACAGCUCAAUGUUGAUAUAACUAUUAAUACACCUUGUCAAUUCUUACUAAUAAAUGUUGUUGAUGUUGCUGGCGAAAUGUUACAUAUGACUAAUGAGUUAGAAGUUACACCUACAGUGUUUGAAGUUAGAUCUGCUCACCAUAUUGGAGAAGAAAAUCCAUCAAAAAUUGAUAUUAAAAGGUUGAUGAGAGAUGCUUUAAAGCAAGGAGAUUUAUUCUCGGAUAAUAAAUUUUUGGGUAAUGAUUUAAAUGCAUGUAGAAUAUUUGGUAAUUUGGAAGUUAAUAAAGUAGCCGGGAAGUUACACAUAUCAGACAUUGUUUCAAUGGGUGGAUUAUCAGCUCCUAAUACUAAAGAUUCUUUAAAUUUCUCUCAUAGAAUUGAUGAGUUUUCAUUUGGUAAACACUAUCCGCUUCUUGUAAAUCCUUUAGAUAAUAGUAUAGAAAUAUCUCAAGAAAGAAUUUUCUUUAAAUACGACAUUGAACCUAUUUCUGUUAGAAUAACAGAAAAUUCAAAAAUAGGGUUUAUAAAGUUUUUAGUUAGGUUAAGUGGAUUAGUCGGUGAAUAUUUUGAUCUUGAAAAGAAUUAUAUUUAA